UUCAGACGAAUCACUUAUGGAGUAAUAAUGACGAAUAAUGUUAAAAGAGCAGGAGACCUCCAUAGUUCGUUGAACUUCUCUUUCUAUCUCUGUAUUUCACAAUUUGUUUCUUCCCUUAAAUUUUAAGAACCGAAAAUGAUGAAUAUGAAAAUCGUAACUCAUCUAAUCUUAGUAUUGACGAUGAGUAUGGUAUCAUUUGCGUUGUCUAACAAUUAUCAUACCACAUCAAAUUCAAAUACAUCGCAUUCAAAUUCAAAUUCAAAUACUGUUCGAUAUCUACCUGGCUUCCCUGGAGUUCUCCCUUUCAAUCUUCAAACUGGGUAUGUUUCCAUAUAUACUGGAGUAUGGGAGGAGCAAAUGCAACUAUUUUACUACUUUAUAAAAUCCGAGAAUAACCCAAAAACAGAUCCACUUUUGGUUUGGUUUGCUGGAGGACCUGGCUGCUCUUCCUUUACGGAUCUUGUUUUCGGACAUAUUGGUCCUCUAUCGUUCAACAUAUCAUCACAAUGGGAGGAUGGUCUACCGAGACUUGAAUCAAAUCCUUAUUCAUGGACUAAGGUUGCAAAUGUAUUAUUUCCAGAUUCACCUGUUGGAGCUGGGUAUUCCUAUGCAAUCAACAAAUCUUACAUUCCUAGUGAUACAAACACGGUAAAACAAGCAUAUGAGUUUUUGAAGAAGUGGCUUAUCGAGCAUCCCGAAUUUGCAAGAAAUCCUAUGUACAUCACCGGUGCUUCAUAUGCUGGAAAAGUCAUUCCAUCACUUGUGUUAGAGAUUAUGAAUGGAAAUGAAGCAAGAUCUGGGCCAAGAAUGAAUCUUAUGGGAUAUAUUAUUGGGAAUCCGUCAACGGAUAAUUACUUUUCAAAGCAUGCAAUCGAAUAUGCUCACCGUAUAUCUAUACUGUCGGAUGAGCUUUAUGAGUCGGCCAAGUCAAGUUGCCAUGGCUACUAUCAGCCGAUUGUUGCCGAAGGAAAUGAACAGUGCAAAGAGAAUCUCGAAGCUAUAUCAAAUUGCAUGGAUCCAGUAGAAGAAUCAUUUAUCCUGGAAUCCAAAUGCAAUGUAUCAACACCUGAUAAGUGGUGUCGGGUAUACUAUCGUAAUCGCAUGUCUCAACCGUGGGCAAAUGACAUUAACGUCCAAAAAGCUCUUCAUGUUCGAGUGGGAACAAUUAACAAAUGGUUUCGCUGUCGCGGUCGUCGUAGCGAUGAUAUAUUUGAGUACAAUUAUGAAAUUGAAAGUAGCGUUAGUUAUCAUCAAAAUCUUACCACCAAGCCUCUUAGGGCACUAAUCUUCAGUGGUGACCAGGAUAUGUUGGUUCCAUAUAUGUCAACAUUGACUUGGAUCAAAAAGCUAAAUAUCGCCUCAAAAGAUGAUUAUUGGAGGCCUUGGUUUUUUAAUGGCCAAGUUGGAGGAUAUGUUACAGAAUAUUCAAAUGGCAACUACAGUUUGACCUUUACUACAAUCAAGGGAGCGGGACAUAUUGCCCCUGAAUAUAAGUCGCAAGAAUGUUUAGCAAUGUUGCAAAGAUGGAUUGCAUUUAGCCCUCUGUGAUUUAAAUUAUCAACAUUGAUGUUUGUUGAAUUUUCGCCUACCUUGUAAUUUUUGAAGUUUAAUAGAUUUGUGUAACUACGUAUAUCCAUUCCUAAAAGGCAUUGUAAAGUUAAGAUCGAUGCAUUAUUUGUAUGAUUCAUGAAAGCAAUAAUGAAACAUUAUUUUA